GUCGCGGCCAUCAACCCCAACCACCCUCUGGCUCAGAUGCCCCUGCCCCCGUCCAUGAAGAACUGCAUCCAGCUGGCCGCCUGCGAGGCCAGCGAGCUCCUGCCCAUGAUCCCUGACCUCCCGGCCGACCUGUUCACCUCCUGCCUCACCACCCCCAUCAAAAUCGCGCUGCGCUGGUUCUGCAUGCAGAAGUGCGUCAGCCUGGUGCCCGGAGUCACGCUGGACCUGAUCGAGAAGAUCCCCGGCCGGCUCAACGACAGGAGGACGCCGCUGGGCGAGCUGAACUGGAUCUUCACGGCCAUCACGGACACCAUCGCGUGGAACGUGCUCCCUCGGGACCUCUUCCAGAAGCUGUUCCGGCAGGACCUGCUGGUGGCCAGCCUGUUCCGCAACUUCUUGCUGGCGGAGAGGAUCAUGCGCUCCUACAACUGCACCCCGGUCAGCAGCCCGCGCCUGCCCCCCACCUACAUGCACGCCAUGUGGCAAGCCUGGGACCUCGCCGUGGACAUCUGCCUCUCCCAGCUGCCCACCAUCAUCGAGGAGGGCACUGCGUUCCGGCACAGUCCGUUCUUCGCUGAGCAGCUGACGGCCUUCCAGGUGUGGCUGACGAUGGGUGUGGAGAACAGGAGCCCCCCCGAGCAGCUCCCCAUUGUUCUGCAGGUGCUGCUGAGCCAGGUGCAUCGGCUGAGAGCCCUGGACCUGCUGGGCCGGUUCCUGGACCUGGGCCCCUGGGCGGUGAGCCUGGCCCUGUCCGUGGGCAUCUUCCCCUACGUGCUCAAGCUGCUGCAGAGCUCGGCGCGCGAGCUGCGGCCCCUGCUUGUCUUCAUCUGGGCCAAGAUUCUCGCCGUGGACAGUUCCUGCCAAGCCGACCUGGUGAAGGACAGUGGCCACAAGUACUUCCUCUCGGUGCUGGCCGACCCCUACAUGCCGGCCGAGCACAGGACCAUGACGGCCUUCAUCCUCGCCGUGAUCGUCAACAACUACAACACGGGCCAGGAGGCCUGCCUGCAGGGGAACCUGAUCGCCAUCUGCCUGGAGCAGCUCAACGACCCCCACCCCCUGCUGCGCCAGUGGGUGGCCAUCUGCUUGGGGCGCAUCUGGCAGAACUUCGACGCGGCCCGGUGGUGUGGGGUGCGGGACAGCGCCCACGAGAAGCUCUGCAGCCUCCUCUCCGACCCCAUUCCCGAGGUGCGCUGCGCGGCCGUCUUCGCCCUCGGCACCUUUGUGGGCAACUCUGCCGAGAGGACUGACCACUCCACCACCAUCGACCACAACGUGGCCAUGAUGCUGGCCCAGCUCAUCAGCGACGGGAGCCCCGUGGUGCGGAAGGAGCUGGUGGUGGCGCUGACGCACCUGGUGGUUCAGUACGAGAGCAACUUCUGCUCCGUGGCCCUGCAGUUCAUGGAGGAGGAGAAGAACUACCCGCUGCCCUCGCCCGCCACCACAGAGAGCGGGAGCCUGACCCCUGUGCGCGACAGCCCCUGCGCCCCCCGGCUACGCUCGGUGAGCUCCUACGGCAACAUCCGCGCCGUCACCACCGCCCGGAGCCUGAACAAGUCCUUGCAGAACCUGAGCCUCACGGAGGAAUCGGGUGGCGCCGUGGCCUUCUCCCCCGGGAACCUGAGCGCCAGCAGCAGCGCCAGCAGCACGCUGGGCAGCCCUGAGAACGAGGAGUACAUCUUGUCUUUCGAGACCAUCGACAAGAUGCGCAGGGUCAGCUCCUACUCGGCCCUCAACUCCCUCAUAGGCGUCUCCUUCAACAGCGUCUACACGCAGAUAUGGCGUGUGCUGCUGCAUCUGGCGGCCGACCCCUACCCCGACGUGUCGGACCUGGCCAUGAAGGUGCUCAACAGCAUCGCCUACAAGGCCACCAUGAACGCCCGGCCGCAGCGCAUCCUCAGUGCGUCCUCCCUCACCCAGUCGGCGCCCGCCAGCCCCACCAACAAGGGCGUCCACAUGCAGCACGCGGGGGGCUCCCCGCCAACGUCCAGCGCCAGCAGCUCCAGCCCCACCAACGAUGUGACCAAGCAGCCAGGCAGCCGCGAGCUGCCAUCGGGCCGGCUGGGCGCCGCCGGGCCCACGGGGGCGCAGUACACGCCCCACUCCCACCAGUUCCCCCGCACACGGAAGAUGUUCGACAAGGGCCCCGACCAGUCCGCCGACGACCCAGACGACACCGGACACAAGAGCUUCAUCUCGGCCGCGAUGCAGACGGGCUUCUGCGACUGGAGCGCCCGGUACUUUGCGCAGCCCGUCAUGAAGAUCCCGGAGGAGCACGACCUGGAGAGUCAGAUCCGCAAGGAGCGGGAGUGGCGGUUUCUGCGCAACAGCCGUGUGCGGAGGCAGGCGCAGCAGCUCAUCCAGAGGGGCAUCACGCGGCUAGACGACCAGAUCUUCCUGAACAGGAACCCCGGCGUCCCCUCCGUGGUCAAGUUCCACCCCUUCACGCCCUGCGUGGCUGUCGCGGACAAGGACAGCAUCUGCUUCUGGGACUGGGAGAAAGGGGAGAAGCUGGACUACUUCCACAACGGGAACCCCCGGUACACGCGGGUCACCGCCAUGGAGUACCUCAACGGCCAGGACUGCUCGCUGCUGCUCACGGCCACAGAUGACGGCGCCAUCAGAGUCUGGAAGAAUUUUGCUGAUUUGGAAAAGAAUCCAGAGAUGGUGACGGCAUGGCAGGGGCUCUCGGACAUGCUGCCGACAAACCGAGGUCUGGCCCGAAAGGUCUCCAUCUAUCUUGACCACAGUAAGCAGGGAGGUGCUGGGAUGGUGGUGGACUGGGAGCAGGAGACCGGCCUCCUCAUGAGCUCGGGGGAUGUGCGGAUCGUGCGGAUCUGGGACACGGACCGCGAGAUGAAAGUGCAGGACAUCCCCACGGGCGCUGACAGCUGUGUGACCAGCCUGUCCUGCGACUCCCAGCGGUCCCUCAUCGUGGCCGGCCUCGGGGACGGCUCCGUCCGCGUCUACGACCGGAGGAUGGCCCUCAGCGAAUGCCGCGUCAUGACGUUCCGGGAGCACACGGCCUGGGUGGUGAAGGCCUGCCUGCAGAAGCGCCCCGAGGGCCACAUCGUGAGCGUCAGGUAACGGCUGGGCAACUGCUAGAGCGUUUCCCGCUGGGAAACGUCCUGGUGUCCACUAGCCACCGUGGGCCCCGCACGGGCAGGGCUGGCUCGGUCCUCCCACUGGAGCGGCGAGAGCCUGCCGGGGGUGCAGGGAGCAGGUGGGAGGCUCGCCCCUCAGUGGGCACAGGGCCUCCACUGGCGCCUGGCUGGGGGGUCCCUGCCUGAGCCACAGUCGUCCCCCCAUAGCUCAGUUUCGGACGCCGGGU